GCCAGCUGCAUCAUCCGUGCGCUCCGUCUCCAGGCUCUCCUCUCCCCAUCAAAACACUCCUCGCCACCGCGAAAUCUUGUGUUUUCUCGUGGAAAUGGCCGCGCAGCCCAGCGACACUCUGGCGACGCUCAAGACCGAGUCUGAGACGCUGAAGACGAAGCUGGAGGAGGAGAGAGCCAAACUGCACGAUGUCGAGCUACAUCAAGUGGCGGAGAAGAUUGAGGCUUUGGGUCAGUUUGUCAUGAAGACCAGACGAGCUCUGAAAGGCCAUGGAAAUAAAGUCCUGUGUUUGGACUGGUGUAAAGACAAGAGGAGAAUCGUCAGCUCAUCUCAGGAUGGAAAGGUGAUUGUAUGGGAUGCGUUUACAACAAAUAAGGAGCAUGCAGUGACUAUGCCCUGUACGUGGGUCAUGGCCUGUGCUUACGCCCCCUCUGGAUGUGCAGUGGCUUGUGGUGGGUUGGACAAUAAGUGCUCUGUGUACCCUCUAUCCCUGGACAAGAAUGAAAACCUCGCCGCCAAGAAGAAAUCAGUGGCCAUGCACACCAACUACUUGUCUGCAUGCUGCUUUACUAACUCAGAUAUGCAGAUCCUGACGUCUAGCGGUGACGGCACGUGUGCUCUGUGGGAUGUAGAGAGCGGUCAGAUGCUGCAGAGCUUCCAUGGACACGCGGCUGAUGUGCUGUGUCUGGAUCUGGCCCCCUCUGAGACCGGAAACACAUUCGUGUCAGGGGGCUGCGAUAAGAAGUCUUGCGUUUGGGACAUGCGCACGGGACAGUGCGUCCAGUCUUUUGAGACUCAUGAGUCAGACAUCAACAGUGUGCGGUACUAUCCCAGCGGAGAUGCUUUCGCUUCAGGCUCAGAUGACGCUACUUGUCGUCUCUAUGACCUGAGGGCAGACAGAGAGGUGGCCAUUUAUUCUAAAGAGAGCAUCAUAUUUGGAGCCUCUAGUGUGGAUUUCUCCCUCAGCGGGAGGCUGCUGUUUGGUGGCUACAAUGACUACACCAUCAACGUGUGGGACGUUUUAAAGGGCACCCGCGUGUCCAUCUUGUUUGGACAUGAGAACAGAGUUAGCACGCUCCGCGUUUCUCCGGACGGAACAGCGUUCUGCUCGGGAUCCUGGGAUCACACAUUACGGAUCUGGGCCUGAAUGCUGGCUGAACCUCAGACUGCUUGUGUUUGACAUCCGGCUCGAUCAGAUUUCUCUCCGCAGCUGGAUUCAAGGAUAAACCGCAGACUGUAAUGAUACAGAUGGACUGUAGUGCAUCCAACUCUAAUCAGCAAAUGGUAUGCUUGGUAUUAUGGGAUGGACUUGGAUGGUGUCGAUGGCUUCUGUUUCUAUGACAACGACUGCCCCUCUAUUAAGGCAUUCUAGUUUAUGUGUAUGAAUGUGUUUGAGCUCAUGAUCCAAGAAAUAAUUUAUCUGAAGCAUUAAUCUAAAAAUAUAAAUGUAUUCCAUGUUGUUUAGGUCUGUGCAUGAGGUUGAAGCACAGCAGAGACACUGAUGUCUCGACUGACUGCUUGAGUUGUUGUGAAUGAACGAAGGGAAAGAUUGUUUAGCGGACUCUAUUUCUGAUAUGCAAGCUAACAGAUUUACUUAUGCUCUCUUACUCGUUAUGGUCUCAUUCUCUUUCAAUUACUACGCCACUAUAGUUGUUCUUUCUUACUGUAGCAAAGUGUAUAUACCAUGAUAUCAUAUAGGUUGUCAUAUCGACACAGAUAUCCCUACACCUAAACCAAAUAAAUGGAUUUUAAA